UUUGGUUUGCGCAGAAAGUAUAAAUUUGCGAAUAAAGAAAAGGCUUCGGCUGGAAAUCGAAAAUUGAAAGCGAACACUGAAAAAAGAAGCCAAAAGAAGCCUAAUCGUAAGAUGAAAAGGUGCCCUCUCACAGGUUGCAUGACCACUACUAACCGACUGCCUCAGCAUCUGCAGAAAGCUCAUAAACUACAGCGCGCGUCUCCCAAGUAUAACAAAGCUGUUUCAAUGGCAAACGUAAUCUCACGUGACAACCCUCAUAUUUUCCUUAGAAUGAAGCAGGAAAGUGAAAGAUACCAAGGCCCAGACUUUGAAGAUGCACUGUCGGUAGGUGGGGAUGGUGAGGAGGUUGAGAUGGCGGAAGGCAACACCUCAGUUAGGUCAGACGAUCAAGAAGCCGAUACAACUGAAGCGAGCUGUGACUCUGCUAGCCAAGCCUCAGGUAAUAUCGACAUUAAAGGUGAUGACGUUUCAAAGACUAUGAGCGCAUUUCGAGACUGGCUUCUUUCACCUGAUGGGGGCAAGAAAGACAGGAGGACAGCAAAGAAACACGUUUCCCAAUUACACAAGGUGCUCUCAGUAGUUGGUAAAGGAGUUCUACUAUCGUCUUUAUUGGACACGAAAAGAAUAAGGGAUACUUUCCUUCAACGUUAUGCAGCAGAGAGGUACCACGCAGCCACAAUCAAGUCAUACCUACUGAGUCUGCAACACUAUUGCUCGUUUUUGCUCGCAGAUCAGCCCAGCGGUGUCGUAUUCGACAAAGAGCAUGUCCUCAGAUUACGUGAGAAACUGAAAAGGUGGUCAGCAUCAUACAACCGCGAGAACAACAGACGCAGAUGGGAGAAAAUGGAGGAAGACAGAAACGCCCUCAUGACUCCCGACAAAAUCUGUGCAUUUGAGAGAAGCCAGGCGGCAAGAGAGGCAAUUAUUCUUCUGAGUCAACUGUGUGGG